AUGCCAGAUGUUGAUGAUCCCCUGGUGCCAGAAAUCGCGCAGAAAUAUAUAGAAGACUAUGAAGGAUAUGUCAAGAACGCGAAGUCAUAUACGGAACGCUUUGCCACAGCUAUCCGGCCACCGGAUGACGACCUCUUUUUCCCAGAGAAAGAAGAAUUCGAUCAAAGUCCAGCGCCUCCGAGAACAAUCACAAGCUCUCCAAACACGUCGGCGGCAUCCUAUAUCGGCUCAAUGGAUACCGCCUCAGAAACAGCAUUUACUUCUCCAGGUGCAAGCCUAACAUCAGAUCAAACUAUCUCGGCGAUACCUACCAUAAAUCCGUUGAUUGAGCACAUUUCUGAGCCCUCAGUCUCACGAAAAUGGUCUCUUUUUAAACCUAAAUCGGAUGUAGAUCAUGUGAGAAGUAACGAUGAUUUGGUGGCAUUGGUACGGAAAACUCGACUCCGGAUGGGAUCGCAACUCCCUCUAGCCAAUGAACCAACAGAAUUGGACAUUGAGUUUGCACUCCUUGAGAAAGCUUUGCAAUUCCUCGCAGCUUCGAAUACCCAUAGCGGUAGUGAUCAAUCCUUGAGAGCUUGUUAUAGCAGCCUCCGACGACACUGCAUAGAUCAUUUUCACACUUGUCUGAAAGUACGACCAGUGAAUAUCCAAAAACACAACUAUAAGUGCGCGAGGCUCUUCGAGUUGUCCGUGGACUCCGCCUUGUUCGAGUCAUGGAACUUCACCAGAGCCGUCGAGGAUGUCCGGGACGUGCUCUCAACCAUUGCUAGCAGGGUUGAUACUGAUUUCCAGUUGAAUGAAAUAGCACUUUGGUGUUCUGAGAAAACGGACGGGUUCCCAGCUUGUCUCGUAUAUCAUCACUUGGUAGAGUACGCUCUGAAUCGUGGUCUACACUUGCAUGGCGCUAGGCUUCUCGAGGUGCCCUCGGUGUUAAAGUUUUUGCGCCCUCGAAGCACAUUGUAUACUGAAAGAAGACCAGAGAUUGCUUCGGCCGAGGACGAAGAAUCAAUGCUGUGGUGUAUGUGGUGUGGUAGCUUGGAUUUCCAACGCUUCAUUCCUGAAGUGGUACAACCGGGUACCAAUGCCACCUAUGUCGCAGGCCGAAACGAUCUUUCUAGAAGGUGUGAUGAUGCUGAAGUGCAAUUCAAUUACAACAGCGGAUGGCAUACCCGGGGGUUUGGUCUCAGCGUCGCACACCCUGACAUAGACUCCGUCACCAGUGAUGUUAAAUCGAUUGAAGCAGUAACUCUUCAGCGAGAUAUAUGGAUUCAAAAGUACCGGCUUCUGCUUCGAUAUACUUCACCCAAUCUGCAGCCACUGGAAAUAGUCUUCAUCUUCUCUGAUAUCGAGACAGCGGAGAUGUGGCUUUCCACUAUGGAACUGUUUCAGGGUAUUUUGCGUGCACGUGAGAAGUGUCUUCUGAGAGCACCUAUCGAUGCCCACUAUUCUCCUACACUUUCAGUGGUAGAUCCAGAAGAAGUGAAGACAGUGACGACGACGUAUAAACUAUUUAGUUGA